AUGUAUGAUGGCUGCUUUUCAGAAGUCAGGGCACUUGACAACACCUUUCGUCUGUUAUCAGGAAAAAAGGCUUCAUUGCCAAACUACAGGCGUCAUUUAGGUCCAAUGUUACCUGGCAUAGUCGGAGAUGAACCAUCAGCAUCAUGCCUCCCAAUGGCUAAAGUAUUAGGAAUGUACAGGUAUCCCCAGAUAAGUUUUGGUGCAGCUAUACCCAGCUUUAGCAACAAGGCACAGUUUCCUUCAUUUUUUCGGACUAUUUCAAGUAAUAAGCAUCAGUCAACUGCUAUGGCCCAACUUAUUCAACACUUUGGCUGGACCUGGAUAGGAGUCACAGCUCCAGAUAAUGACUAUGCACAAGAAACCAUACAGAUAAUGAAGAGUGAGAUAGCCAAAGCUGGGGCUUGCCUUGCUUUUCUUGAGGUAAUUCCAAAAACAGACUAUGAAAAAAAGAUGGUUGAGAUUAUUCAGAAAAUCAAAAAAAUGUCAGUAAAUGUUAUUAUUGCUAAUACCCCAGUGCAAUAUGUCAUUCCAUUUCUGGAAGAAGUGAUAAAACAGAACCUAAGUGGGAAGGUCUGGAUUGGAGCUACUAGCUGGUCAAUCUCUACAGAUUUGUCUAAGCAAAUCAAAGUCUUACUAAAUGGUUCAUUGGGAUUUGCAAUCCACAGAGGAGAAAUAUCAGGUUUCAAAGAGGUUCUUUAUUCUGUAGAUCCAUUUAAAUCCACUGAUGACAUUUUUGUGAAAAAAUUCUGGGAGGAAGCUUUUGGCUGCAAGUGGUACAAUGAUGGUAAUAACCAAACAGGAAUGAAGGAAGUAAAUGCUGGAAAGAUACAGCCUUGCACUGGUUUGGAGAAGUUGGAAACUCUUGAUAUCACAGUGUAUGACGUAAAUAAUUUCAGAUUUACAUACAGUGUCUAUAAUGCAGUAUACUCCCUGGCACAUGCAUUGCAUCAGCUCUUUGCUUGUAAACCUGGUGAAGGUCCAUUUCAAAAUAGAAGUUGUGCUAGUCUGACCAGAUUUGAACCUUGGCAAGUUCUCCUAUUUUUGAAAAAUAUCAAGUUUAAAAACAAAGCUGGUGAGGAUGUAUUUUAUGAUGAAAAUGGUGAUUUUCCAGCCUUGUUUGAUAUCCAGAACUGGCAGAUGUCACCUGAUGGUGUUGGAAGGUAUAUCAAGGCAGGCUCUUUUGAUGGCAGUGCCCCACCUGGCCAAACGCUGAUUAUCAAUGAAAGUGCCAUAAUGUGGAGUGCAGAACAUAUGCAGACACCUCGCUCUGUUUGCAGUGACAGCUGUACUCCUGGUCUCAGACAGGUUACUCGUGAAGGUCAGCCUGUCUGCUGUUUCAACUGCAUUCCUUGUCCUAAAGGAGAGAUUACCAAUGAGACAGAUCUCAGAGAAUGCAUAAAAUGCCCACAAGAGCAGUGGUCCAGUGAUAAACAAGACACAUGUGUCCCCAGAGUUGUGGAAUUCCUGUCUUAUGAAGAUCCAUUAGGAGCUGCUUUGGCUUCCAUUGCCACAGUCCUUUCUCUACUGACUGCAGCCAUUCUUUGUGUAUUUAUGAGAUACCGGGAAACAUCGAUUGUUAAAGCCAACAACCGCGAUCUAAGUUAUCUCCUCUUGCUCUCCCUCUGCCUUUGCUUCCUGUGCUCAUUAAUAUUCAUUGGACAACCUUUGAAGUUUAAUUGUAUGUUUCGUCAAGUUAGCUUUGGAAUGAUAUUUUCUGUCUGCAUUUCCUGCAUACUUGCAAAAACUAUCACAGUAAUAAUAGCUUUCACUGCUACAAACCCAAACAGCAGUAUGAGGAAAUGGGUGGGGCCAAAGACCCCAACAAUCAUCAUAAUAACUUGUACAUUGAUUCAGUUUGUUAUAUGUGUUGUCUGGUUAGCUAAGAAUCCUUCCUUCCCACAAAAUAAUUUUGUUUCAGAAGAGGGCAAAAUAAUUCUAGAAUGCAAUGAAGGUUCUAUAGUCAUAUUCUAUUACAUGUUAGGAUACCUUGGUGUUCUUGCUUGUCUUAGUUUCUUAAUUGCUUUCUUAGCAAGAGUAUUGCCUGAUACUUUUAAUGAAGCCAAAUAUAUUACAUUCAGCAUGAUUGUGUUUGCAAGUGUUUGGAUUUCUUUUGUCCCAGCAUAUCUGAGUACUAAAGGAAAGUACAUGGUUUCUGUAGAAAUAUUUGCUAUUUUAUCUUCAAGUACUGGUCUAUUAAGCUGCAUAUUUUUCCCUAAGUGUUACAUAAUACUAUUAAGACCUGAGCUAAACACUAAAGAGCAUUUAAUUGGAAAGCAGUCCUUAGCUACAAAAACAUAA